AUGACAGCAAAUAGACCUGCCACUGCUGCCACUCCUGGCGUUGCUUCUGGAACGGGUAGAACUGCUACUGCUGGUACUGUUGGCGCUGCUAGAACGGCUAGACUUACCACUACUGCUGGUACUGUUGGCGCUGCUAGAACGGCUAGACCUACAAUUACUGCUACUGCUGGUACUGUUGGCGCUGCUAGAACGGCUAGACUUACCACUACUGCUACUGCUGGUGCUGCUAGAACGGCUAGACCUGCAAUUACUGCUAGUACUGUUGGUGCUGUUAGAACGGCUAGAACUGCAACUACCGCUAUUGUCGGUCUUCUUGGUGCUGCUAGAACGGCUAGACUUACCACUAAUACCACUGCUACUGCCGGUACUGCUAGAACUGCUAGAACUAUAACUACUCCUGCUGGUGUUACUAGACGUCGUAUUCUUAAGAAAAGAACAAACACAGAAAAAAACAGAGCUAAAAAAAGAAGGAGGAAAUUGAGAAAACUAAGACAACCUCGAGUAGCACCAUCAACAAAAAGAGUCAAAAUUGACGAUGAGUUUAACGAGGAUGUAUUCAAAUACAUUAGUCCGAUUUCACUCAUCGAAUCAAUUGAUUUGAAGCUCAAGCCUGAAAAAUAUCCAAGAUUCACGUUUAAAAAUCAGAAAAAAGCAAACACUUGGUCUUGUCAACUUAAAUUCCUCAAGAAAAAGUGGGUCUCUGAUAAUAAACCAGGCAAACAACCGGCGAAAAUCGAUGUUUGUAAAAAGGCAGUAAUGGAACUAUAUAAAGAUACGCCAGAGCUUUGUGUUGAUGUCAGAAAUGAGAUGCUUAAAUUGAAUAAUCGAGAAACAGAUACUAUGGUCACUUUAUUUAAAAAUAGUCAAUAA